CCGGCCGUCAGCAUGGCCGCCACCAACACUACAGACCGCCGCCAAGCUCUGCAGGCGUUCGACGACACCAAGGCUGGCGUGAAGGGCCUCGUCGACGCCGGCGUCACCACCGUCCCGCCCAUCUUCCACCACCCUCCCGAUUCCCUCCCCACUUCUUCCUCCUCGGUCACCAUCCCGGUGAUCGACCUCUCUGCCCGCCGGCCCGAUGUGGUGGCCCAGGUGAAGGCGGCGGCGGAGACGGUGGGCUUCUUCCAGGUGGUGAACCACGGCGUGCCAGCCGUCCUCCUCGCCGAGACGCUCGCGUCCGUCCGCCGCUUCCACGAGUCGCCACCGGAGGCCAAGGCGCCGUACUACACCCGCGACCUCGCCAAGAAGCUCCGGUUCAACUCCAACUUCGACCUGUUCCAGUCGCCGGCGGCCAACUGGCGCGACACCCUCUUCUGCCAGGCGCUCCCGGACCCGCCGGUGGAGGACGAGCUCCCGCCCGCCGUGCGCGGCGUCCUACCGGCGUACUCCGGCACGGCGCGCAGGCUGGCCGUGGCGGUGCUGGAGCUGCUGUCGGAGGCGCUCGGGCUGGCGCGGGAUCGGCUGGCCGGGAUGGGGUGCGCGGACGGAGUAGUCGUGGUGGGCAACUACUACCCGCCGUGCCCCGAGCCGCGCCGCACCCUGGGCACCAGCCGGCACUCCGACCCGGCGUUCCUCACCGUGCUCCUCCAGGACUACGACAUGCCCGGCCUCCAGGUGCUCGUCGGCGGCGAGGAGGAGGAGGAUGAUGAGCGGCGGCGGGCGUGGGCGGACGUGCCUCCGGUGCCGGGCGCGCUGGUGAUGAACGUGGGCGACCUGCUGCAGCUGGUGAGCAACGGGAGGCUGAGGAGCGUGCAGCACCGGGUGGUGGCCAACGACAGCAGGGACGGCAGGGCCAGGGUGUCCGUGGCGGCGUUCUGCAACGCCGACCUGAGCGCGAGGACGGCGGCGAGGGCGUACUGUCCCAUCGAGGAGCUGGUGUCCUCGUCGUCGGCGCCGGCGCUGUACCGGAGCGUCACCGUGCCGGAGUUCCUCUCACACUACGACGGCAAAGGCCUCGACGGGCGCCCGGCGCUCGAUUACUUCCGACUUCGUCGCCCCUGA